AUGCAGGGAAGAGCGCGCAAGCAGCUGCAAGGGCGAGAGAAGCUAGAGGCGAACGCUAGGGUAGAUAGUAGGGGUACUCCACACCAAGUGGACUGGGGGACCGAAGACGGCAAGCAUCCAAGCCGGACGGACCGGGUGCCGAGAGAUUGGCCUGAUGGGAACUUCUUUCGUCCUUCCCGCACACCCUCCUCUUCCCACCCUCCAUCCAUUCUUCCUCCCACCUCCCCAAUCUCCCCUCUUCGAUUGUUUGCUGCUGUCCUCGGGGACCCCAUCAACAUGUUUGCCGCCAGGAACUUCGCUCUCCCCGCCCGCCAAUGCUUGCGGACGACCCGUGUCUCCCCUAGAAUCGCUUCGCCUUUGUCGCAGCUGCGUGGCUACGCUGCCGCUGCCGAUGAGCGUGUCGCCAAGUUCAAGGGACAGAAGGAUACCGAUGGAAAAUACACCGUGACUUUGAUCGAGGGUGAUGGCAUUGGCCCCGAGAUCUCGCAGUCCGUCAAGGACAUCUUCGCUGCCGCAAACGCCCCCGUCAAGUGGGAGCCCGUUGAUGUGACCCCCAUCCUGAAGGAUGGAAAGACCGCCAUCCCCGACGAUGCCAUCAAGAGCGUGCAGAAGAACUACGUCGCGCUUAAGGGUCCCCUCGCUACCCCCGUUGGCAAGGGACACGUCUCGCUGAACCUUACUCUCCGUCGUACCUUCAACCUUUUCGCCAACGUUCGUCCCUGCCGGUCCGUCGCUGGCUACAAGACCCCCUACGACAACGUCGACACCGUCCUGAUCCGUGAGAACACCGAAGGUGAAUACUCUGGUAUUGAGCACGUCGUUGUCGAUGGUGUCGUGCAGAGCAUCAAGCUUAUCACCAAGGAGGCCUCCGAGCGCGUGCUGCGCUUCGCCUUCCAGUACGCUCGUUCCAUCAACAAGAAGAAGGUCCGCGUGGUGCACAAGGCUACCAUCAUGAAGAUGUCCGACGGUCUUUUCCUGAACCUUGCCCGCGAUAUCGCCAAGGAGUUCCCCGAUGUCGAAUUCGACGCUGAGCUGCUGGACAACUCUUGCCUGAAGAUCGUCACCGACCCUACUCCCUACAACGACAAGGUCCUGGUCAUGCCCAACCUAUACGGUGACAUCCUGUCGGAUAUGUGCGCCGGUCUGAUCGGUGGUCUCGGUCUCACCCCCUCCGGUAACAUUGGUGACGAGUGCUCGAUCUUCGAGGCUGUCCACGGUUCCGCACCCGACAUUGCUGGCAAGGGUCUUGCCAACCCCACUGCUCUUCUUCUGAGCAGUAUCAUGAUGCUGCAGCACAUGGGUCUCACUGAGCACGCUGCUCGCAUCCAGAAGGCCACCUUCGACACCCUCUCCGAAGGAAAGGCUCUCACCGGCGACUUGGGCGGUAAGGCCAAGACCAACGAGUACGCUGAGGCCAUCAUGAAGCGCCUGUAA